AACCCCGCUCCGAGUCUUGCCCUCGUUUCAUUUUGGCUCUGAAAAUCAGCUCCCGCAGAAAGAAGCUCCGAUGGCUCUUCGUCCGCUGUUGACCAGAAGAACCCUAGCCUCUGCCUCAGGCUUCAGCUCCAAUGGCGGUAUCACCACGAGCUUCCGUGGCCUCCAGACCUUCUCUCUCCCCGAUCUCCCCUACGACUACGGCGCUCUUCAGCCCGCGAUCAGCGGCGAGAUCAUGCAAUUGCAUCACCAGAAGCAUCACCAGGCCUACAUCACCAACUACAACAAGGCGCUCGAGCAGCUCCACGAUGCCAUGAGCAAGGGCGACGCUCCGGCCGUCGUUAAGUUGCAGAGCGCCAUCAAGUUCAAUGGCGGAGGUCAUGUUAAUCACUCCAUAUUCUGGAAAAAUCUUGCUCCAAUUCAGGGAGGAGGUGGUGAGCCACCAAAAGGUUCCCUCGGUUGGGCCAUUGACAAUCAUUUUGGCUCUUUAGAUGCACUUGUGCAGAAAAUGAAUGCAGAAGGUGCUGCUUUACAGGGCUCUGGAUGGGUGUGGCUUGGUGUGGACAAAGAGCUGAAGAAGUUGGUGGUUGAAACCACAUCCAAUCAGGAUCCGUUGGUGACCAAGGGACCAAGUUUAGUUCCUUUGAUUGGCAUAGAUGUGUGGGAGCAUGCGUAUUAUCUGCAGUACAAGAAUGUGAGACCAGAUUACCUGAAGAACAUAUGGAAAGUCAUUAACUGGAAAUAUGCCAGUGAAUUGUACGGAAAAGAAUGCCCUUGAGCUCUUCUUCCAUUCACCAAAUUGUCGAUGGAUAUCCAUCUGGGAGAGAGCUUACCGAGUUAACCUGUCGAUUCAGCAAAGAAAUAAUAUGACGCGAUGUUAGAUCCUGGAAGGUAUUUUCAUUUGCAAAUGUGUACCCUUGACCAUGGAAUAAGCUGAACUGAUGUGAAUUCUCUCAGUUUCUGGGUGCUGGAACCUUGUAUUCUCCCCUGUUCUUAAGAUGGGUCGCAGAAACCUUUUUGUUCAUCAGGUCCCAUGAUUUAUGAAGAAGUUCUAGCUCAUCCA